AUGGGGGAUACGGGGGAGGAAAAACCUCGAAUCAAUGGUGUUUCCGGUGAUCAACAUCCUCCCGAGGAUCGACCUAGUCAUGUUGGGCGAACUGGUGGGGCUCGAGUUGAAGAACAUCGAGAGGCAAACAAGGAGAGGAUAACGACGCCGUAUAUGACUAAGUACGAGCGGGCACGGAUCCUUGGCACACGGGCAUUACAGCUCAGUAUGAACGCGCCUGCCCUUGUGAAUACAGAAGGAGAGACAGACCCCCUGCAAAUCGCCAUCAAAGAGCUCGCAGAGAAGAAGAUUCCUCUGGUCAUUCGUCGCUAUCUUCCGGAUGGCAGUUUCGAGGAUUGGAAAGUGACCGAAUUGGAGACAUACUGA